UGUAGAGAUACACACUGAGAGUCUUUCUUAUCAAUUGACUGAUCAUUUUAUACACAGACAGCAGCCAUGAACAGUGGAACUUUUCAGAAAAAACCUGUCUUUAAAGCUAAAGUGUACAGAAUUCCUGCUCUUUUCUAUGAUACAGAAAGGGACACUCUUCUGGCCUUUGCAGAGCAGCGGGAGACUAAAGAUGAUACCUCUACUGAAAAUCUGGUUAUGGCAAAAGGAACGGUAUCCCGCAGUGAGAGGAGUAUUCAGUGGACAGAGCCUGAAGAAGUGAAAGAGGCACAUCUUGAUGGAUACCGUCCCAUGAACCCCUGCCCAGUGUAUGACAAGAAAAACAGCAAACUCUUCCUGUUUUUCAUCUGUAUCGAGGGCAAACUCUCAGACUGGGACCAGAUAGAUAAGGGCACCAACAAGACCCGUCUCUGCUACAUCACGAGUGAGGAUCACGGAGAUAGCUGGAGUGAGGAGGUGACGGAUUUGACAGACCAACUAGGUGAAAUUAAGGACUGGUCCACCUUUGCAGUUGGGCCAGGCCAUGGUCUUCAAACAGAGUCUGGUAGAUUGAUUGUUCCUGUUUAUGCUUAUAGUUCCUGCUGCCCCUCAUGGUGUAGAGGUUGUGUAGACCGUCGUUGCACUAAAUCUUAUGCACUCGCCCUGUGCAGUGGUGAUUAUGGUGAAAGUUGGCAGUUUGGCAAAAUGAUUCAAACAAAUUCAGUUGAAUGUGAAAUGGCAGAGGUUUUUGAUGAAGGAAACAAAAGCAUCAUCUACUGCAAUGCCCGUAAUAAGGGCGGCAAUCGAGUGGAGGCUGCCAGUGGAAAUGAUGGAGGUGAUUUUUCCCAGCUGUGUGGUGCUGAGAAGCUUGUUGAAACAGGUACAGGUUGUCAGGGAAGUGUGGUCUCCUUUCCAGCUCAAAGUGAAGGUGAAAAUGCAGAGGGUGAGCAAAGAGAGAACCAGAACAAGUGGCUGCUCUUCACUCACCCAAGUGACAAGUCUAAAAGGAUUAAUUUAGGAGUGUAUCUGAACAAAUCCCCAAAGCCUCAAAGUGCAUGGAGCAAACCCUGGAUCAUUCACCAUGGACCCAGUGGUUACUCAGACCUGGCUUACAUUGGUGGUGGUUGGUUUGCUUGUCUAAUGGAGUGUGGGAAGAAAAAGGAAACUGAGCAGAUAGCCUCUGUGGUUUUUAGCUACGACGAUGUCAAGAAAGGCAUUGGAGAGUAAAUAACCAAUGUCUUUAACUGACAUGAUGCCUUUCUCUGUCUUCAAACCAUAAGUGACAUGUUGUCUUCCACAUAUGAAACUUCAAAGUAAUCUGCUGUUUUAUACAAGUAAUACUACAGCUCUGAAAAACUAAUUAGAAUUGAUAAACAUAUUAAUGAUUUACAAGCAGUUAUAUUUACAUGCUCUGCCUUUUAAAAUAAUUAACAGCCAUAUACAAAUACAGUUAACUUUAAGUUGCUUAUAUUUUCAUUUAUUUUUUAUUUAAUUUUGAUUUCAGCUCUAACAAUCAUGAAAGUUAUGCAUGAUACUGUACUUACAUUUUAAACUGUAUUUCUUUAUUGUACUUCUAAAGAUGUCAUAUGUUUGAGUUUGUGUUGUUUAUCAAAUGUCAUGUCAUCAUCUGCCGCUUAUCUGGGUCAAGGCCCAGGUCACAGGGGCAACUACCACCCAGAGUGGGGUUCAAACCCACGACCCAGAGAGAGUGAGUCUCGUGCUCUACCGACUGAGCUUACCGGGCGGCAUUUAUGAAAUGUAAAGAAAUAAAUAUUUUUAACUUUAUUAUAACAGCUGUCUUGAUUAGUUAAAAUAAAUAUUGAACAAUCUGUUUCGUUUGACAUUUGACACUUUUUUUAGUAGCUGAGACAAUGUGCAUCUUGUUUUUCCUCUUCAAGGGAAACUGUCAGGUUUGAUAAAGUAAAACUUCACAAACAAAAUACUAUUGCAGUGAAAACAUUCAUAACUGUUGAAAAUAUCAAAGGUCUCUGCUCUGGACCAGAUGUGAAACUUUUAAUAUUUUAACUUUUUGCUCAACUUGUUUUUACUGAGGAUGAUUGGAAUUACUGAAUUGAGAAAUUGCUAAAACAGACUGGAGAGGUUUUUUAUUUUUUGCAAUAUUUCACCUUCCUUUCCCACUUGUAGGGCUGUGACAAACUUAAAAUGCGUUGUUACUUUAGUCAUUUCUGAAACAUAUUUCAAGGUUUUGUGUUUGUGUUAUGAUGUGUGUUGAUUUGUGUGUUCAAAUCCUGGUUGUUUCACAUUGUACUUUUCCAUUUACUGAUGUAUGCAAUGACAUAUAUUCUUCAAUAACAAGAAAAUAAUAAAAUACAGAAAUAUGAUAGAAG